GGAAAACUUUGGAGAAAUUUAUUUGCAUUAUACCCGAAGUAUUUUAACCACCCAUGACUGACCCAACCUCCAUUAAGGAACAGAUCCUGGAGAUGACCGCCGAGCAUGUGGAGCAGCUCCAUUCCAUAUUGUCCCUCACAUUCGAUCCGAAGCAAUGCGAGGACACUCUACACAAACUCAAGGAGCAUGCGGACAAUUUCUAUACGGAUGUGCUGAUAGAGUCGCGGGAGAAAGAAGCAGCCAUUCUCGAUGAGAUAGCCGCACUCCGAGACGAGGCCAGCGACCUCGCCAAACUACUCCAUGAGCCUGUGGACAAUAGCCAGAGGCCCGACGAUAUGCCGCUGAUGAUGUGGCAGCUGAAGCUGAAUAAGAGCAUUGAACAUCUGCGCGAGAAGGUUUCGAAACGUCGGGCGGAGAUUGGAGAGGUGCUGCUCCAACAAGGGGAGCUCCGCGAAGAGCUGGGCGCCUUGCCGCGGCCUCUGGUGGCGGACAAGUUGCCCCUUCCCGAGGAGAUCGACGGCUUUCGCGACCAUCUCGACAAUCUGCGAUAUCAGCGGACUCUACGCCAGAAGGAGCUCCACCAGCUGCGGCAGGCGAUCAAGCAGGACAUGAAGAUGCUCGAGCUGAUGCCCCAGACCGAUGAACAGGACCUGCUGAACGAUAUGAACCACAACGAUCUAGCCCCAGAGACGUUAGACCGGCUCCGCCAGAUGCGCAACACCUAUGCCGAGCAGGUCCAAGAGCUGCGCUCCAAAAUCAAUGACACGCGCGGGAAGAUCUACGUGCUGUGGGAUCGCCUCCAGGAGACAGACGGGAGCGCCAUGGAACGAGUGCGUGAUUGCACUGACUAUUCGCAGCGCACCUUCGACAUCCUCCACUUGGAGCUUCAGCGCUGCCAGGCGCUGCGCAGUCAGAACCUCAAGACGUUCAUCGAGCAGCUGCGUGUCGAGAUAAGCGAGUGUUGGGAUCUAACGCUCAAGAGCCCGCUGGAGCGCAAGCGUUUCGCCAGUUUCUACAUCAACGAUUACAACGAAGACCUAUUGGAGCUGCACGAACUGGAGCUGGACGAUCUGAAGAGCUUCUACAAGUGCAACAAGGUGAUCUUCGAAUUGUACGGGACCCGUGGGGAACUCUGGUCACGCAUGCAGGCCCUGGUGGCAAAGGCCAAUGAACCAAAACGUUUCAACAAUCGGGGCGGCCAGCUACUCAAGGAGGAAAAGGAACGCAAGGCAAUCACCUCGAAACUGCCCAAGAUUGAGCAUCAGAUCACCGAACUGGUGCGGGAGUAUGAGGUGCAAUCGCAUCGACCGUUUCUUGUGUACGGCGAGAACAUACUGGAGCUGAUGGCCGGGGGCGAAUGGGAGCGCUGUCCCCAGACCAAGCAGCAAAACCCGGCACUCAAGAAGGUCGGCAUCCCGUCUACCACAAUGACGGGCAACAACAUAAGUGACAAAAUGAUGAUGCCACCGCCGACUGCCGGUUCAAAGGGCCCAUGCACGCCACUUACUUUGAGAAACAUGUCCUCAAUAUCUAAAAUCCCGUUACCAAAGACACCAACAAUCCAAUCGAUCCCGCCCAAUAUGGCCAAGAGCGGUGGAAAGGUCACACGCUUGAAGAAGAAGCCAGUCACCAAAUCAACAGAUACAAGAUCUCCCAGCGAUGCAGAUGAAAAUGAACCUGAAAACGGGAUGUCCUAUAAGGAAUUUACGCCCAAGAGUCGAUCCACAAUGAUUGCAGUCGGUGGGGCUCUACGUCAGCGAAAUCGUUUAGCUCUGCCACGGAAUCGUCAAGUCCUCACAAACCACAAUUCGAUGGCGUUAGUCGCCAACUCCAACACACCUUCGAAGCCGUCAGCCGAUGCUAAGCCGGAGAAGCCUCGCUUUGGCAGUAAACUGAAACUGCCAUCGCCACGCCAAAGUCGCAUGUGGCCGCAUCCACGAUGAGAUUAUCCAUUGAAUUAAUUCUCCUUAGCCUUGACUGGAAUCGAAUCAUUACCUCUUUCAUUUAUUUUGAAAGUUAUUAUUAAAAAUAAAAUUAUCUUCAAGAAGGACAAACGAA